AAAAUUAGUAACGCAAAAAGCAAAACGACAGUGAAACACCAACGUGCGUUUAUGCUAAGCAGAUUCUCCAAUCAAUUUUCUCUCACGCGCUCGCACACUCACUGUGUGAAAAACAUUUGCCUUUCCGUUAGCCCCAGAGGGUUUAAGGCUUUAUCUAUUUAAGACCUAGCGGAGGAGAACGUGACGAAGGGGGAGGCGCGAGAUGGAAGCUAACAAUUCCGGCACGGCGGCGGCGGCGGCGGAGCUUCCGGAUAGCAUUUCAUCUGUUAUUCCGGGGUGGUUUUCGGAGAUUAGUCCAAUGUGGCCUGGAGAAGCACACUCAUUGAAGGUAGAAAAAAUAUUAUUCCAGGGGAAGUCUGAUUACCAGAAUGUAAUGGUUUUUCAGUCGGCGACUUACGGUAAGGUUCUUGUCUUGGAUGGUGUGAUUCAACUCACUGAGAGGGAUGAAUGUGCUUAUCAAGAAAUGAUCACUCAUCUUCCACUUUGCUCAAUACUGAAUCCCAAAAAGGUGCUGGUAAUUGGAGGAGGAGAUGGUGGUGUCUUGCGUGAAGUGGCUCGUCAUUCAUCGGUUGAGAAGAUUGAUAUGUGUGAGAUUGAUAAAAUGGUAGUUGAUGUUUCUAAAGAACAUUUUCCUAGUGUAGCUGUGGGAUUUAAUGAUCCCCGUGUAACGCUACACAUUGGAGAUGGAGUUGCAUUUCUCAAAGCUGUGGAAGAAGGAACAUACGAUGCAGUUAUAGUGGAUUCGUCCGACCCAAUCGGUCCAGCGCAGGAAUUAUUUGAGAAGCCUUUCUUUGAAUCAGUAGCUAAGGCACUCCGUCCAGGAGGAGUUAUGUGUACUCAGGCCGAAAGCAUUUGGCUUCACAUGCACAUUAUCGAAGAUAUUGUUUCAAAUUGCCGCCAGAUUUUCAAAGGCUCCGUCAAUUAUGCUUGGACCACAGUUCCCACUUACCCAAGUGGUGUUAUUGGAUUCAUGCUUUGUUCGACUGAGGGUCCUGACGUUGAUUUUAAACGUCCGGUUAAUCCGAUAGAUGCUGACGACAGUCUUGCCCAAGCAAAAGGACCGUUGAGGUUUUACAACUCCGAGAUCCAUUCUGCAGCUUUCUGCUUACCCUCAUUUGCCCGUAAGGUGAUUGAAUUGAAAGAUUGAUUAACAGAGUUCGACAAACGCAAUCUUUUGGAGCAUGCAAAUUAAAACUGUUGGUUUAUCUAUGAUCAAUUACCUCUUCUAUAUAUUCAACUUGUUUCUCUCGACUACGGAAUUCGAUUACGGCUCACUUUUUUAGAUAAGAUAGCAACAAGUAUUCGAUGGAUCCUCCAUUCUAGAAGUCGAUAUUUAUCUUUCUUCUGUCACAUGUCUGUACUAUUAAUAUUUUUGUUUGUUUGAUCAAACGAUUGGUUACGGUCAACUAUUCAUCGUAUCGCAAGGUCUUGUAGACCACACAUCCGGUGAAAUACACUAGUGUUAACUUUCACCUUCGAUUUAC